AUGUUUAGUGUAGAGAAUCCACUUAAUAAUAGAGCAAGUGAAAGAAGUGGCGGUGACUUAGGCUACAAUGGGUUCCCCGUAUCUUUAAACUAUUUCACUGCAUUACCAGAUCCAACGAUUCUACACAAUCCAAAUGUUACUAUUAUUUUCAAGUCUUUGUCAAAGAAAGAUUCAAUCACGAAAGAGAAGUCACUUAAUGAAUUCAUACAAUUAUUAGAUGAUAAUGAGAAUACAUCAGUCGUAGUGGAUGAAUUAUUGAUAUUGUCAUGGAUACAAUUAUAUGCGAAGUUAGCAAUUGAUAAUUCAAGAAGUGUUCGAAUUUUAUCUCAUCAAGCUCAAUCUAGGAUAUUAGGCAUAGUCGGCGGAAAGGCAUUUAGCAAAUAUUUAUUGAGCUCAAUACCUAUCUGGUUGCAAGGUCUAUAUGAUAAUGAUAAACUUGUUUCGAGUUCAACAUAUAAAACGCUUUUGCAAAGUUUUCAAGAUAACAAAGAAAGAGUGGAUUCCAAAAUAUGGAUUACUUUUCAUGAACCGAUCAUUAACUACAUUGUAACGGUUGUUACUUUAGAGAAUCAUAAGAGCAUGUCUGACCAAAGAUACACUAAAGAAGCAGACUCAUUCGCUAAAUAUGAGCGGGUUCUUAAUGGGAGUGUAAUGAUGUUAAACAAAGUUAUAUCUUUAAUAAAUGAUAAUGAAAUAAAAGUUAACAAGGGUGAUAGAGAAUUAGAGCAAAUUGAAGAGUUACUUAAUCUGGACAUCUUAUGGGAUUAUUUGGGUUCAUCCAUAUCUGCGGAUACUUUGAAUUUACCUUUAUUCAAGUCAUUAUUAAUUCUCAUCAGAUAUAUAUUUGGUAAUGUUUCUACCGAUGAAAAUAAUGAGCCAAAUGUGAUUAUAAGCAAUUUAAACAGUGCGAAGACACUCUAUAAAUUGGUUUCUAAAAAGUUUAUUAAGCACAUUAAGUUAAAGCCUAGUACAAAAGGACCAAAUAAUGACAUAAUUUAUUCAAAUGUCAUAUUGCAAUUUUGGGAUUCUAUAGUAUCUCUCACUAGUUUUUCUCUUUUGUCAUCACUGCAAAGAAAAUCUUUAAAGAUUAAAAAAAUUUCUGGGAAUUGGGAGGGAAUAAGAGUCGCUCUAGAUUAA